UCGAGGUUGAGUAGUAUACGUGCUCACCAGUACUUAUCUUUGCUCUGUGUGCCCAUGGAUGACUGGAACUCCUUGCUUGGAGCCGAGCACUUUCAUUCUGGAGCUCCAGGCUCGAAACCCAGCUCUUCGACUUCACCUCAACGGGGCAGAGCACAGCCUCGAGGAGUUCCACACGCUGGCCACCGGUGACUGGCGUGAUGCCACCGGCGCCCUCUAUGGCCUCGACGCCCAGGUCCUCGACGCCCAGGCCGCGUGGCCCUUGGACUUCACCGAUCUCAUGGAGGCGGCCGAGUCCGCGAAACCUGGCGCCGCCGAGGCGUGCGCCGAGCUCACGGCGCCGGGGUCCGGCCUGAAGCUGCAGGCCCGGCUGCGGCGGGUGCCGUGGAGUGGGAGCACCAAAGAGAAGCAGCUCGACAUCGCCACGGGCCCCCGCUGCUGGCGGGUGUCCCUGGAGAUCCGCUCAGUAAAGCUCACCACUGCAGCGGCGAACAUCUUUGUGAGCUACUCUUAUGGCCCCGUCUUCGCGAAGAAUCAGCCGGCCACUUUCCGAACCAGCCCGCCCGUGAUGGCGCGCAAGGGGUCCACCACGCACUUGCCCAAGGGCUUCGCGGCCUACUCGCUGGCGGCCACCAGCGCGGCCCUGCGGGCCGCUUUUGAGGAGCCGCUGCACCUGGAGCUCUGGGCACGCGAUAGCCUCCGCAAGGAUACCCUGCUGGGCCUGGCGGAGGUGAUGUUGGGCAGCGCCUUCGAGCGGCCCUUGCAGAAGUCCGCAAGGCUGCCCAGCAUGGUCCAUGGCUUCAAGGUCUUGGAUCAGGUGUGCCUGCUGGGCAGUGCAGAGGAGACCUCCAAGGAGAUCAUCGGGGAAGUUCGGGUUCUCCUCUUCUUGGAAGACUUGGGGCCGUCUUCCCGGCCGCUGCCGGACCAGACGCUGCAUGCUGCGGUGCAGGACGGGCCCACCGCCCGGACCCCCGGCACGCAGCGGAUGCCGCGGAGUUCGCCGGAGCUGUCGGGAUCCGAGCUGCAGGAGCUUGCGCUGGAGGGAUUGCAGGUGCUUCGGAAAAGCCCGGCCUACGCGGUCGCCUACGCGCUGGAGGCCUGGCGCCACUCAGAGGAGGAGCGUGCUCGCGCCCGGCUUCUUGAGCGUGAGCGCGAGCUUCGAGAGCGCUUGGAGGAGGACUACCGGCAACGGGAGCUGCAGAGGGCACAAAGCUUCAGGCAGCGGCAGCAAGACCUACGGGAGCUGGAGCAGAAAGCCAAGAAGAAGCUUUUGGAGAUGCAGCAGCGCGAGGCCACGGUGAAGGCCGCGCUGGUGAGCGCCCAAAGCGCCAACGACGAGCAGAAGCGCCGCGCCGACUGGGCCAUUCAGAAUUGUGAGGAGGAGCUGCGGCGUUCGAAAGCGGAGGCAAAGCAGGCCCUGGACUUCGAGGAGGCGCAGCAGCAGCGCUUGGACGCCAAGCUCAGCGCGCUGGAGGCAGAAGUCUCCGAGACGAAGCAGCGGCUCAACGCCCAGCUGGCGAUGCCGGCCUCUGCUUCAGCCAGCAGAGAGACCGCAGUAGCGGAGGAGCUCCAGAGGACUCGGCUGCGGCUGUGCGAGGAGCAGCUGCGCUGUGAGGCGCUGGAAAAGUCCAGGGACCACUUCCGACAGAAGGUGGAGGAGCUGUGCAGGAGGCUCAUGGACCAGGAAGCGAUACCCCCUCCAGCGGACGCGGCGCCCCGCGAACGGCCGCCGCGCGCGGGAGCCGUGCCAGCGACAGAGGCUGUGGAGUCGCCUUCAAUGGAGCAGUUCAGCCUGGAGUGGUUGCGACAGCAAAAGAAGGAAUUGCUCGAGACAGGGCUCUACACAGAGGAUGAUGCUGUCAUCCGCGCGCUGAAUGCGCAAAUGGCAGAGCAGGGAGUGAGGUGACAAGAAGGGUGCCCUUUCCGACUGGGGCUGGGGUUGCUACCCAACUAGCUGUCACUAGUGGAUUGCGCAAGCCAAGAACUCGCCG